CUAUCUCUUUCACGCUCUCCUUUCUCUCCCCUGUCAAUCGAAAAUCUGUUCUCUCUGAACACGCGCAGUUGAUCAGCGUCACCCCAACCCCACCAUGAGGGCCAAGUGGAAGAAAAAACGUAUGAGGAGACUGAAGCGCAAGCGCCGCAAGAUGAGACAGAGAUCUAAAUAGGCUGUUUGCCGGUUUAAGGAGUUGUAGCUUACAGUAGCCAGCCGCUGCGUUUUGGAGCUGCACACUCACCGCCACAAGUAGCCUUACUUAGACUGGUAGGCAAGCUUCGAUGACGGAUGGUAGAAAAAAUUUCAAUGCACAUUUUCAUCGGCUUGCUUGGGGACAGCUUCAGCAGUGAGUCGCAGUUGAAGUGCAAGAGAAUGAGCAGCUGCAGGAAUGGAGCGUCUCAGAUACGUUUGAAAUUUGGACUCGCCCUUCGCGUUGGGACCUUGUUUCCAAAACUGUAUACUUGGGGAGCAGAUUUCAAGGCAACCUUACUGAACUUGCUUUUGUUACUCUGCUUCGUCGGGAAAAACAAUUACAUUGUAAGAUGUGAGUUUUUGAAAGAAUUUCGCACUUUGAUACUACCUCUUAUUCAC